UCUGGUGCCUUCGUUUUUUUUGCAUAUGGAUUUGAAUUGAUGUUCUACAAAUUCAAAGUGCCAAAUUUUGUCGUAUUAUUCCUCACGUCACUUAAUUUAGCCAGCGUAAUUGUCUUCCCAACAAUCGUGAUUCUCAAUAAUGAUUGGAGUCCUUACUACACGUGUCCUUGUACAAUUCUCUACACAAUCGUCUUUCUCAAACUCUGGUCCUACGCUCAUGUCAAUGCUUGGUGCAGAUCAGCAAUGAAGAACUCUAACAGUGUUAAAACAAAGAAACAGCUUCUUAAGACGAAUCAUUCCGUGCUUAAACGCAAACAGGAGAAUAGCAAUCUUGGAAAAGCAAUGAGCGCCUUCAAGGAGCCGGUGGAAUUGGAAACAGCACUUUUGAAACGCAAAAAAUUAAAUCAUGGAGGAAAUGGAGAGAACAACGUGGCUGAGAAUCCUGAUGAGGCGGAGGAGGAGCGAAAAGAGGCAGACGAUGUGCUCAUGGAUUUAAAAGAAAUGGAAUUGUUCAAGAUCUACCUCAACAUAACAGAAUAUCCCGAUAAUUUGACCUUGAGUGAUCUCUGUUACUUCAUGCUUGCACCCACUCUAUGCUACGAACUGAAUUUUCCGCUCACCUUCGGGAUUCGCAAACGAUUCCUUCUCAAGAGAAUUCUCGAGCUGGUGAGUCAGAUCAACUCAAAUCUUCCAGAUUCAAGAUGCAUGUACAUUAGAGCAUGCCACUUUUAA